AUGUCCGGCCUUCCAGUGACUAUUCAAGAUGUAAACACAAAUUCGAAUAACAAUUCGCCUAAGGCGUAUAUACCAUCUAUGUUCUAUAGAUUAGUCAAGACACCUAAAAAUUUAGAUUUUGAAACUGCUAUAUAUGAGAUGAUAAACUUGGUAUUUAAACCAAGAAAGGCAUUCAGGUCCUUUUAUUAUCAACGCCAGACUAAACAACAAUGGGCCAGGGAAGACCCAUCUUUUUUCAUUUUACAAAUAGCAUUAUUAACUGUUAGUUCAGUUGUAUGGUCGAUCGUGUAUGGCCAUUCAUUUUUUGGGUUCCUAAAGAUGAUGAUAAACAUGAUAUUCAUAGAUUUCUUUUUAUUCGGUUUUACAGUCGCUUCAUUUUUUUGGCUGUUAUUGAAUAGACCAAUGUUCAAAUUCAGGUCUGCAAUGCAGUCAAGGGUUGAAUGGGCAUACUGUUUUGAUGUCCAUAGUAAUGCAUUUUUAAUAAUAUGGGUUACCUUAUACUUUUUACAAUUUUUAUUGUUACCAAUAAUAAGAUUACAUAAAUGGAUUGGAAUUUUUGUCGGUAACACACUUUAUUGUUUCUCCUUUGCACACUAUUUUAUUUUAACAUUUUACGGUUACAGUCAAUUGGCAUUCUUAAAAAACAUAAAUUUUAUUUUAUUCCCUUCUUUGGCCUUUGCAGUUAUUUAUCUGAUAAGUUUAUUGGGGUUCGAUUUAUCAAAAACUUUCAGCUUCUAUCAUUGA